GAACCAAAACGUCCACGAGUGCUCCAGCGGAUGCUUCUCCUUGACGAUGGAUUUGGGGGACGCCACGAUUUCCCCCUCCUCACGCUCGCUCGCAUCCACCGGCAUCGCCAUCGGCGCCUUCUCGACCUCCACCAUUGGGAAAGGAAAUAACCUCGCCUCCCGAGAACCCUAAUGUACCCCGCGAAUAUUCUUAGGGCUUUAACGCUUGUUCUUUUUCUCCGUCUAUGGCGUGCCUGGCACUGGCGCUCCAGCCCGUCAAAGGACCCGAUGUUCUCCUCCAGACCCGCGAAUGGUUCCCUCCUGCCAGAGCCGCGGAUGUUUCAUCAAGUUUUCGCAGCACUCGAAUCGCCUUCGCGGCGGGCAAACAAAUCUCUGUGGAUGUUGUUGGGACCGGGCUAGGGGACGAUGCUCUAGCUGCUGCAAGCGGUCAAGUUGUUGUUGGAAAGGAAAACAAAUACCGUGUUGUUUAUCGCUUGGUAAACACAGUCUACGUGCUUGGUAUCACAAGCGCUCACCAGGAUGACUCUGCAAAUAAUAUCUUCGAAUGUGCAAAUGUUGUAAACCAGACUGUGAGUGUUUUGGUUGCAGCUUGCAAAGGUAUCGAUGUUAACACCGAAAGAGUCAUCAGAAAGUACACCGAGAUUUAUAUGACCCUUGAUGCGGUUCUCCAUGGAGUCAGUGCCGCGCGACUUUCGUUCAUUUUGUCUUCCAUUCACGGCGACAACGUUGGACAAAUCUUUUUUUCUGCUGCCGAAGCUGAGAACCGUGCUCGAGGCGCUGAUAGCUGGAAUCAAAUAAAGCACCACCCGUCAGAACGUCUAGCAAAUGUGGAGGUUUUGUCCAAUGCAACUUUUGAGAUACCAGAAGAGACCAUCGCUGCCGGUGACGAGUUCAAAGCUACGCUAGCUCCUCCGGCACCAGCUGCCACACCUGCACUGCCGCCGCCGCCAGAGGAGAAGCCAGCCGAGAACGAGGAUCCUUUUGCUGCAAGCGACGCUCUCACCAAGCCAGAAUCUCUCGCUGGCGGUUUCAAAAAGGCAAAGGACACCAAAGACAUAACCGCGGGGCUUUCGGAGCUCAGCGUUCCCACCGUAGCACCUGGUGCAGCGGAGUCGACAUUUGUAGGAGUGGAAGGCUUCGAAGGCGAUUAUGGAGGCCUCGACUUUAAUGACGACUACGGUGGCGGAUUUGGAGACGCAUUUGAAGGCCUGACGGAUGCUUUUGGUGGAGGAUUGGACGCCUCUGAUUAUGCGACAGCGGAAGACAAAGCUGCGGCUUCAGGCCUAGCCGGGCUAGAGGAAUUAGAAGGUGGUGGCGGAAGAAAAGCUGGCACGAAACCAGCCACCGAAAAAUCUGAGGCCAAGGGUGAUCUCGCCAGCGAGCUUGUCGUCACUGGUGCUCACGAAGGUACACAGAGAAAGGAUGACAAGCCAGCCGAGACAAGAACCCCGCUCCUUUGGUUCACGGAAGAAAUUUAUGCCGAGUUUAAAGGCCUGGUGCUGAGCAGAACCGGCCUACAGGGAGUUUUGCAUUUAAAAACACCAGAUCCGGCUGCCGCUGGCGAGACUGACACGGAGUUUUCCUUCUCUCUGGAAGGAGCUGCCGGAAUCAAGAACGGUGUUUUAAAGUCGUCAAUCACUAGCAGCCUAGGACAAGGAUACUUUCAUGUUCGAACUCCACCAGCGGAGAGUCCUUUGGCCGUUUUAAAAUAUCGUUUGCAUCCCCGCUUUACACCGCUGCCUCUACGGAUGAGGCUUGUGGCUAAGAAGGUCGGGUUCCUACUUUCCGUGAUGAUACAGUAUGUUGUCAACCCGUACUUGCCAAGAGAACUGAAGGACGUGACGUUUGUUCUCUGCCUACCAUGUUCGCCAGAGUCUCUUAAAGUUUCUCCCAGAGCGGCUCUGGAUCGCAGUACGAAAGAAUUAAGAUGGCAGGUUGGAGAGAUUGGACUGCGAACUCCGCCUGGACGAUUGCGAGCGCAAUUUCCACUAGCAGCAUCUGAUCAGUCAUUAGAAGACGAAGAAUCACUUAAGAAGCUGAGCAUGAAAGUGAGAGUUGAUUUCUCUUGCAAAGGCCAGACGCUGUCGGGGAUUUCUAUCCGGCCCGCCACUGCCGAAGCGAACAAGGAGGAAUUCUACAUUGGAGAGCACUCGUUCAAAACGGCCAAUUACUCGUGCUUGUUGUAAAGAUAAAAAAGAGAGCUUUUUUGUAAAAACAUUGUCAUCAAACUACCAAGAACCUUCUGCGUU